AGUGUUCUGAUCAAACAUACAUCUCUUCACUUCGCAACUAAAUAGUAAUAUUGCAAAUCUCAAUCAGUGUUUUUAUCUUGCUUUCAUUAAAAUAAAGUGUAAUAAUAGAAUAGCAUUGUCAAGUUUAUCACAUAAAACUACAAUAUAAUCAUCAUGUACAAGUACUGUAUGCUGUUAUCCAUGGCCAUUGUUCUUACUCAAUGCCAACGACCACCAUAUGCUGGUUCCAGUAAUCGUAUUCCAGCUGUUCUACCUCAGUAUCUACCGCCAAGCCAGAGUACAGUAGCUUCUGCUUCAUCAAUUGAUAACAGAAUCAAUGGUGACGAUAUGAUUUCUUCUAUUUCACCACAGUCAUCCAAUAUUCCUGCUGAUGCUCAGAGAGAUAUUCAGUACAUCAACACCAUCAAGAAUUGGCCAAGAGAAAAACAACCCUUUGAUUAUCUUAAUCGGCAACACAUUGAGCAACAUCGUGGUGGAUCUGGUUUUAGAAGUAACAGACCGGCAAUAAUGAGCAGUCAACAACCAUUCUUAAUUAAUUAUUUUUAAUUGUCAAUUAAAUGCGUUAAAUGAUUUUACUGAUUCUAUUCAAGUACUUCUUGGGAACUAGUCAGUCUAUAUAUUAUGUACUUAUUAUUUUUUAAAUCACUUUACUCUUUGAUUUUUGAAAUCGAAAAAUAGAUGAUAUACAACUUUACUUAAUUGAUAAAUGAUUAACAAUAAUUAAUUCAGAAAAAUCUUGAGCAUAAUUUAUACUUAUUUUGAAUGCAAUAUUGUUACAAAUUAUUUUGGAGUAAAAUAUUAAUAUCUCUAACUGCCAUAAUGUUAUGGAUAAUGAGAAAAUGGAAGUAUUAAUAUUAAAAGUUAAAAAUAUUUUAGAAAA